GGGACUGGAAAGGGAUCAAUCUCCAAAUCUCGCUGUGUCAGCAUCUCUGUUCUCGCGAGAUGUUUCGUGGCGUGCGCUCAGACUUUGAGAGAAAGAAGUUUAGCGCUGGAUUGGAGAACAAGGAGUGGAAAGACGUCUGUCUGUUUCUUUUAUUUAUAUACUCACCUUACCUGUAAACAGCGCUCUCCAAUUGCGUCACUUCGCAGGAGUUACACCUCUUUUGACAUACGUGGGGCUACUGAGCUUCGAAAUGAGCUUUUUGUUUGGAAGUCGCUCGUCUAAGACGUUUAAACCAAAGAAAAACAUUCCAGAAGGCUCCCACCAGUAUGAACUUUUAAAACAUGCAGAAGCUACCUUGGGAAGUGGCAAUCUUCGUAUGGCUGUUAUGCUACCCGAGGGGGAGGAUUUGAACGAAUGGGUUGCAGUAAACACUGUAGACUUCUUCAACCAGAUCAACAUGCUUUAUGGAACUAUCACUGAUUUCUGCACUGAACAAAGCUGUGCUCUUAUGUCUGCUGGGCCCAAAUACGAGUACCAUUGGGCUGAUGGAACCAAUAUAAAGAAGCCAAUCAAAUGUUCAGCACCAAAGUACAUUGAUUACUUGAUGACCUGGGUACAGGACCAGUUGGAUGAUGAGACCCUCUUCCCAUCAAAAAUAGGUGUUCCCUUCCCAAAGAACUUCAUGUCCGUGGCAAAGACCAUCUUGAAGCGGCUGUUUCGAGUGUAUGCCCACAUUUAUCACCAGCACUUUGACACUGUGAUUCAGCUUCAGGAAGAGGCCCAUCUCAAUACUUCUUUCAAGCACUUUAUCUUCUUUGUUCAGGAAUUCAACUUGAUUGACAGGAAAGAACUUGUACCUCUGCAAGAGCUGAUCGAUAAGCUUACCACCAAGGACAGAUAAAUGGAGAUAAAACAAAAAGAAAAUAUUUCCUUCAAACAGACUAACUAUUCUUUGAUUUCUCUCUUUUUGUACAGACAGCCUGGCUUUGUUAUAUGUGCUACAGUAUGUGAAAUGUUUAGGGGAAUGUCUUUUAGCAAGAUAGGGAAAUGGCAGGCUUUGAUGCUUAGCAGAUUGUUGGCAAGUCUUCUUUAGACGGGCAUUUUUAAUGUGGGUACUCUUUUAGAUUGUUGGUGGGUGAUUUGCUAUAGUGGUAACUUUAGAACACCCCUAACUAGUACACCCUUAAAACUAAUUUCUGAUUCAAGUGCCUAGUGAGGUUCACAGGUAUGGUGGGACAAACCUACUACAUACAGAUACUGUAACAAUUAGAGAUUCAUUCAGAAAAUGUCUGCUUUAAUUUGGGAAGAUUUUCAUAAUCUGACUUUAAAAUCACUGCUGUUGUUAUUAUUUUAUUUGUUUAUUUAUAUAUUUAAGUUUUCUUAUUUGAUUGGUCAAGUAAAUUAAGUAACUCUACUUUCAAUGACACAUUGUGUUGUAAUAUGAGGAAUGUCAAAAGUAAAGAUUUUGUUAGAUGGAAA